AUGCCCGUCGCUUUCAUCCCGGCCCUCCUCCCGAGGCCGCUCGCCGCCCGCCCCGCUGCCUCUCUCUCCCCUGCACCACCCUCCGCCCUCCAUCUCCGCUCAACCUUCCUCCCCGCUAGACCAAACUACUCGGCCUCUCCCCCCCUCCUUCCCCGAAUUUCCAGCACCCCCUUCCGUUUAUCCGCCUCCGCCUCGGAUGUCUCGGCCCCUGUCCCGGCCCCCGUCCCGGCCCCGGAGAAGAAGACCAGUACCUUGAAGGUCGGCUUCUACAUCUUCCUCUGGUACGCCUUCAACAUCGUUUACAACAUCUCCAACAAAAAGGUCCUCAACUGGUUCCCACUCCCCUGGUUUGUCUCCUGGUUUCAGCUCCUCGUCGGCGUGCUCUACGUCCUCCCGCUCUGGGGGCUCCGCCUGCGGAAAGCCCCCGUCGUGCCGAAGGAGGCCCUCAAAACCCUUCUCCCCAUCUCCGUUGGCCACGUCAUCGGCCAUGUGUCCACCGUCGUCUCACUCGGCGCCGUUGCCGUCUCCUUCACCCACGUCGUCAAGAGUAUGGAACCCUUUGUCAAUGUCGUCGGGUCGGGUGUCUUCUUGCAGAGCUUCUUCCCUUUACCUGUCUAUCUCUCCCUUUUGCCCGUCGUCGCGGGUGUCGUCAUGGCCUCUGUCUCUGAGGUCUCGUUCACAUGGCUGGGCUUCCUCUCCGCGAUGACUUCCAAUUUCGCUUUCACAGCCCGAAACAUUUUCUCAAAGCUUUCUAUGAACAAGCCAAAGGGAGAGAACAUGGGCCCGGCAAACCUUUUCGCCGUCCUCUCCGUCAUGUCCACCCUGUUACUCGCCCCGGUCGCACUAAUCAUCGACCACCCUGCGAAGCUUAUAGCGGCUUGGAAAAAGGCCACAGUUGGUGCCACUGCUGUCGUCGCCGCUCCCAAGCUUAUUGCGGGUCUUCUCAUUUCGGGCCUGUUCUUCUACUUGUACCAGGAAGUUGCUUUCAAGGCCCUUGACUCCGUUCAUCCCAUCACUCACGCUGUCGCGAAUACCGUCAAGCGCGUCGUCAUUAUUGUCACUUCCGUAUUCGUAUUCCAAAACCCGGUCACAAAAGCCAACGCAAUGGGAUCCGCCAUCGCCUUGCUUGGUGUUUUACUGUACUCGGUCAUGAAAAACUAUUUCCCAGAGCUCCCCAAGAAACAAAAGCAAGCGUAAAAAUAUCAACGUGCGCAGUUCCUAACGGCUUUCGACCUCUGUUGCUCCUCUCUGAAUAGCCCGCAAACCCAUAUCUACAAUUGCAGGAGCAAAGCACAUGCUUGUUUGCACUAUCGUGAGAGUAAGAGUGCCGUGAUCCAUGCGUUGUUUGGACAAAUGGGGAGGUUCGUGAGAGGAGCGAGUGCUUGCCGAGAUUCCUUUGCGUGCGAUGUGUCUUCAGCACCACACGAUGCAUUCGGCGGCAGCAUUCCCGCCCUGUCCCUGUCGAAGACCUCUUCCAUUGACUCGAAGAAGGAGUCCUUUUGACUUGUUCUCGCGGGGCUGCACCAUUGCCGAUUGAACCAGAUGCACAGUCGCACUGCAGAAGAGCUUUGCUUGUAUGAAACGUUGGUAGGGCUCUCUCCAGUACCGGCGUACUCAGAGCUUCAUUUCAUCACCCCCAGCAAUGGAUAGGGGUCUGUUCCGUUGAGUGUGUGGUUGACACACUUGGAGAUCGACGCUUCGGGGGUAGCAUUUCAGUUUCGUUCUGGUCUUGAAUGACCCGCAUAUUGCGACACGUAGACGUGACUUCGCAUGUUGUUAAACAGUCUUUUAUUCA